AGUGACCCUGUUGGGUGUCAUACGUUUACAUCGGCAAUCUGCACUGUGCCCCACUGUACUCUGUACAUAGGCAUGAAGGACAAGAAUAUCUACGCCACCGUUACAGUGCGGGCAGCGGCCGGACCACACAUUGAACUGUGUAAACCGCGGCUGCGUGUGUGUGUGGUUCAUCGCGGGCACAUGCAUACCCCGCUCCAGCGCCGUUUGGCUGCUUGUGGGAUGAGGAUGCACUGAGGCAUACAAUUGUGCUCGCGGGGCAUGUUGGCUUCAAGAGCUUGGGUAGCCCGCGACAAUGGGUGACCACGUUCAGGCCUAGCUGUUUCUUUCCCUGCCUUAGAGGCCACAUACCUGCCAGCCCCGUCCAACAGCCAAGAUUGGAGUCGCGCAUCGCAGGUAGCUUUCACCAUGGCUACCACGGCUGACCCCUCGAAGCUCCAGGACUGGAAUAGCUUCCACAAUGUGAUCGACAACGAACUCACGACCACGCCCAAGACGCGUCAAGCGGUCAAUCCCAACACCAACGAACCGCUGCCCUCGGUGCCCGUCUCGUCGCUGGAGGAUGUCGAUCGCGCCGUGGCGGCGGCCCGGGCGGCGUUCCCAUCCUGGAGCAGCCUCUCGCAGGACGAGCGUGCCGAAUACCUGCUCAAGUUCGCCGACGCGUUCGACGCGAACCAGGCGGGAUUCGCCAAGCUGCUCGGCGAGGAGGCGGGCAAGCCGCCGCAGGCUGCCGGCAUCGAGCUGUUUCUCACUGGCGUCCAAAUUCGGGGCACCGUCAAGCACCGUUUGACCGAGGAGGUGAACGAGGAGACGGAUGAGAAACUUGUGACCAUUCGUUAUGUCCCCCUGGGCGUGGGGGUCGGCAUUACCCCUUGGAACCUCCCGAUUCUGAUCGGCAUCAUUAAGCUAUCCUCGGCACUCCUGGCCGGCAACACCUUCAUUUGGAAGCCAUCACCGUACACACCCAACACGGCCCUCAAGGUCGGCGAGCUGGCGGCCAAGAUAUUCCCCAAGGGCGUGGUGAACGUGCUCAGCGGCGACGAGUCGCUCGGUCCGUUACUCACCACACACCCCGAUGUGGCCAAGGUCAGCUUCACCGGAUCCGUGGCGACCGGUAAGAAGGUGAUGCAGGCCUGUGCUGGCACCCUGAAGCGCCUCACCCUCGAGCUUGGCGGCAACGACGCGGCCAUCGUCUAUCCGGACGUGGACAUCGCAGCCGUAGUCCCGCAGCUCGCCACCUGGGCAUUCGUGCACACCGGCCAGAUCUGCGUGGCGGUCAAGCGCCUCUACGUGCACGAGGAUAUCUACGACGCCUUCCUGGCCGCCCUGUCUGGCGUUGUGCAAGCCGCCCUCAAGACAGGGAUGAACGACGACCCGACCGCCGUGCUGGGCCCGAUCCAGAACACCAUGCAGUACGCCAAGUUGCAGGACAUGUACGCGCAGAUCAGCCAGCAGGGGUGGAAGGCCGUGCCCGCCCCAGACUUGUCUGCUCCCAAACCCGGCGCGGGCUUCUUCCUACCGCCAACGCUCAUCGAUAACCCGCCCGAUGACGCGCGCAUCGUGACGGAGGAACAGUUCGGCCCCAUCGUGCCGCUGCUGAAAUGGUCCGACGAGGACGACGUGGUGCGGCGCGCCAACGCGACCCCUUACGGUCUGGGCGGGUCGGUCUGGAGCGCCGACCGGGCCCGCGCCGAGAGGACCGCCCGCCGCCUCGAGGCCGGCACGGUCUGGGUCAACACACACUUCCAGCUGGGCCCGCAGGCCGCGUUUGGCGGGCACAAGCAGAGCGGGAUCGGCGUCGAAUCCGGGCUGGACGGCCUUAAGGGGUGGUGCAAUCCCCAGACGGUGUGGGUUCCCAAAUGAGAUCCACGCCGACUGGUUGCCCCCACGUCUGGGAAUGAGCCGGAAUGUGGCAAAGUUGCCUCGUGUUAGAUGUUAUAGCUAGGUCCUGAGAGAUUCUGUGUCGACAUGUUGGAAAAGACAAUGCGAAUGCCAUUCAUGCUUAUAAGA